CGUACUGUGGCGGCGGCGGCGGCGGCUGUAGUGGUGGUGGCGGCAUUGGCGGCGGUGGCGGCGCCCGGGCGGCAUCAGCAGCAACAGCAGCCCUGAAGAGGGUGAGACGGCCGCGGUGGCGGCAGGUCGGAAGUCAGGCGGGACCUAGAGCUUCCCGCCUGUCGCUGGCCGAGGCUUUUUUGCCUUUUCGUACCCUGCUUCUUCCUCCCGGCCCUGGCUAGGGCAGGGCAGCGCGCCCCCGGGGAGGGGCGGAGCUGUAGAUAUGGUGUAAGAUAUUUCUUCAGGAGUGGACAGCUGAGGACCUGUCAUUUCUGAUAAGCCUUAAGCAGAAUCACAGCCAUAGAGAAACCUCACGGAGUUCCAUAUUUUGCUUCUGCUUUACACCUUUCCUGGCACCUCAGUUCAUCUUGCAACCAUGUAUGGAAGUGCUCGCUCAGUUGGGAAGGUGGAACCGAGCAGCCAGAGCCCUGGGCGUUCUCCGAGGCUUCCACGUUCCCCUCGCCUGGGUCAUCGUCGGACCAAUAGUACAGGAGGAAGUUCUGGAAGCAGUGUCGGAGGUGGUAGUGGGAAAACUCUUUCAAUGGAGAAUAUCCAAUCCUUAAAUGCUGCCUAUGCCACGUCUGGCCCUAUGUAUCUAAGUGACCAUGAAAAUGUGGGUUCAGAAACUCCUAAAAGCACCAUGACCCUUGGCCGUUCUGGGGGACGUCUGCCUUACGGUGUUCGGAUGACUGCUAUGGGCAGUAGCCCCAACAUAGCCAGCAGUGGGGUCGCUAGUGACACCAUAGCAUUUGGAGAGCAUCACCUCCCUCCCGUGAGCAUGGCGUCCACCGUUCCCCACUCUUUGCGUCAGGCCAGAGAUAACACAAUCAUGGAUCUGCAGACACAGCUGAAGGAAGUGUUAAGGGAAAAUGAUCUCUUGCGGAAGGAUGUGGAAGUCAAGGAGAGCAAAUUGAGUUCUUCAAUGAAUAGCAUCAAGACCUUCUGGAGCCCAGAGCUGAAGAAAGAACGAGCCCUCAGAAAAGAUGAAGCUUCCAAAAUCACUGUUUGGAAGGAACAGUAUAGAGUUGUGCAGGAGGAAAACCAGCACAUGCAGAUGACAAUCCAGGCUCUCCAGGAUGAAUUACGGAUUCAGAGGGACCUCAACCAGCUGUUUCAGCAAGAUAGUAGCAGCAGGACUGGUGAACCCUGUGUGGCAGAGCUGACGGAGGAGAACUUCCAGAGGCUCCACGGUGAGCACGAAAGGCAGGCCAAAGAGCUGUUCCUUCUUCGAAAGACUCUGGAGGAAAUGGAGCUGCGUAUUGAGACUCAGAAGCAAACCCUAAAUGCUCGGGAUGAAUCCAUCAAGAAGCUUCUGGAGAUGUUGCAGAGCAAAGGACUUUCUGCUAAGGCAACUGAGGAAGACCAUGAGAGAACAAGACGGCUGGCAGAGGCUGAGAUGCACGUCCACCACCUAGAAAGCCUUUUGGAGCAGAAGGAAAAAGAGAACAAUAUGCUGAGAGAGGAGAUGCAUCGGAGAUUUGAGAAUGCCCCUGAUUCUGCUAAGACAAAAGCUCUGCAAACUGUUAUUGAAAUGAAGGAUUCCAAAAUUUCCUCUAUGGAGCGUGGGCUCCGGGACUUGGAAGAGGAAAUUCAGAUGCUGAAAUCCAAUGGUGCUUUGAGUACUGAAGAACGAGAGGAAGAAAUGAAGCAAAUGGAGGUCUAUCGGAGCCAUUCUAAAUUUAUGAAAAAUAAGGUAGAGCAACUGAAGGAGGAACUAAGUUCGAAAGAGGCUCAAGGGGAGGAGCUGAAAAAGAGAGCGGCUGGUCUUCAGGCUGAGGUCUUUGCCAUUGGUCAGGUGAAGCAGGAGUUGUCCAGGAAGGACACAGAACUACUAGCUCUGCAGACAAAGCUAGAAACGCUCACGAACCAGUUCUCAGACAGUAAGCAGCACAUCGACGUCCUGAAGGAGUCCUUGACCGCGAAGGAGCAGAGGGCUGCCAUCCUCCAGACCGAGGUGGAUGCUCUCCGAUUGCGUUUGGAAGAGAAGGAAACCAUGCUGAAUAAGAAGACAAAACAGAUUCAGGAUAUGGCUGAGGAGAAGGGAACACAAGCUGGAGAGAUACAUGACCUCAAGGACAUGCUGGAUGUGAAGGAGCGGAAGGUCAACGUCCUUCAGAAGAAGAUUGAAAAUCUCCAAGAGCAGCUUAGAGAUAAGGAAAAGCAGAUGAGCAGCUUGAAGGAGCGAGUCAAGUCCUUGCAGGCCGACACCACCAACACGGACACUGCCCUGACCACCCUGGAGGAGGCCUUGGCCGAGAAAGAGCGAACAAUUGAACGCUUAAAGGAACAGCGGGACCGAGAUGAGCGAGAGAAGCAAGAAGAAAUUGAUAACUACAAAAAAGAUCUUAAAGACUUGAAAGAAAAAGUCAGCCUACUGCAAGGCGACCUCUCAGAGAAAGAGGCUUCACUCUUGGAUCUGAAGGAACAUGCUUCUUCCCUGGCUUCCUCAGGACUGAAAAAGGACUCACGGCUAAAGACACUAGAGAUUGCUUUAGAGCAGAAGAAGGAGGAAUGUCUGAAAAUGGAAUCCCAGUUGAAAAAGGCGCAUGAGGCAACAUUGGAAGCCAGAGCCAGUCCAGAGAUGAAUGAUCGAAUACAGCAGUUGGAGAGAGAGAUUGCUAGGUACAAAGAUGAGUCUAGCAAGGCCCAGGCAGAAGUUGACCGCCUCUUGGAAAUCUUGAAGGAGGUGGAAAACGAGAAGAAUGACAAAGAUAAGAAGAUCGCUGAAUUGGAAAGUCUCACCUCAAGGCAGGUGAAAGACCAGAAUAAGAAGGUUGCAAAUCUGAAGCACAAGGAACAGGUGGAGAAGAAGAAGAGCGCGCAGAUGCUCGAGGAGGCGCGGCGAAGGGAGGACAACCUCAAUGACAGCUCCGCACAGCUGCAGGACAGUCUCCGUAAGAAGGAUGACAGAAUUGAAGAGCUGGAAGAAGCACUAAGAGAAAGUGUACAGAUAACUGCAGAGCGAGAAAUGGUGCUAGCACAAGAGGAAUCAGCCAGGACCAAUGCUGAAAAACAGGUGGAGGAGUUACUGAUGGCCAUGGAGAAAGUAAAGCAGGAACUAGAGUCCAUGAAAGCAAAGCUGUCCUCUACUCAGCAAUCUCUGGCAGAAAAAGAAACUCAUUUGACCAAUCUUCGGGCAGAGAGAAGGAAACACUUAGAGGAAGUUCUGGAGAUGAAGCAAGAAGCUCUUCUGGCUGCCAUUAGUGAAAAAGAUGCCAACAUAGCUCUUUUGGAGCUUUCAUCCUCUAAGAAAAAGACCCAAGAGGAGGUGGCUGCACUAAAGCGGGAGAAGGACCGUCUGGUGCAGCAGCUCAAGCAGCAGACACAAAAUCGAAUGAAGCUAAUGGCCGACAACUAUGAGGAUGACCACUUCAAAUCCUCCCAUUCCAAUCAAAGCAAUCACAAACCCUCCCCAGACCAGAUCAUCCAGCCCCUCUUAGAACUUGACCAAAAUAGAAGCAAAUUAAAAUUGUAUAUUGGACACCUGACAGCCCUCUGCCAUGAUCGAGACCCCCUGAUCCUUCGUGGGCUCACCCCACCAGCUUCCUAUAACUUAGACGAUGACCAGGCAACUUGGGAAAAUGAGCUGCAGAAGAUGACCCGGGAACAGCUUCAGAAUGAGUUAGAAAAGGGUGAGCGGGACAACGCAGAGCUCCAGGAGUUUGCCAACACCAUUCUUCAGCAGAUAGCAGACCAUUGUCCCGACAUCCUGGAGCAGGUGGUCAACGCAUUGGAAGAGUCCUCCUGACCCUGCUCCGUGGGGAGUGGCCCAGCAGCCCUGAACCAGGAGCCGAGGAAAGAGAACUGCAGAAAGAAACAGGCACCCUGAACCUUCUUGGCACCAAACUAACACUACGAACUCUACUCUGCUUUGGUUAGUCCUGCAGGUGGGAUUCCAGCACCAUUUUGACAUCUGUCAUCCUGCUCUGCCUUUCUACUUUGGAUGUUGUCUCUACACUUGUUUGCUUGAUGUCCAGGGUGGGUAAGUGGCUACGUCUCCAGGAAGAACUGACAUCCAGUCAUCAGCAGCGGAGCACUCAGGAUGCUGAUGGCUAUGCCUUCAUAGGGGGACGUGGAGUCAGGAGCUUCCUACCUUCUGUCCUUGGCAUGAGAGCUAAAGCUGGAGUUCAACAUACUGAGAGAACGCGUUCCCACGGACCAGAGAGCUGAGUGUUCUAAUGUCACAAUAGGUGCUUUCUCCUAAAAGGGUCAAAACAAAAUCUCAAAAGGGUAGUAUUAGAAAAAGAGGGGGAAAGAGAGAACAAGGACAAAGAGAAAAACGACUCCCCUUCUUGCUGUCUCCUUCACUUCCCUUCCUCAGGCAGCUGCGAGCUGGCCUCUUGAUGACUGGGUGAGCGCAGCCCCCAUCCCUGUCUCUCACCCACCUUGCCCUUCCCGUCCGCCUGGUAACAAGCAGCUGGUGGCAACAGUUCUUUGCCGAGUCCCUCUGGUUUAAGACCUUUGACCUUAUACUUAGUUUGUCAGACCAUGUUCUCAAAUUGAAGGAGGAGAGGGUUUGACAUGAGGCACUGCCCUCAGCAGCUCUGCUUCUGUACAAGGGGAGCAGUUGGGUCAGGCGGGUUUCUCCUGAGCCGCUCUCCCAGCACAGUGUAGGCCCCUAAGCCCCGGAGGAUUGCUUCUGCCUUCCCAGCGCCGUGCUCCAAGCUCCUGCAGCCCAGCAUUACUGAGUUUCUGACUCACCUCCCACCCUUAGGGUUUUACUCUUGAUUUGCACUCCCAGAUCCAUAGCGUCGUGCAUCGCCUGGAAACUCCUUCUGGCACAAAUGAAUGUUUCUCGUCCCACACACAUUCCUUCCUCCAUUCUUUCAUUCAGGGAAUAUUUGUGAAAUGCCUACUGUUUGCAAGUCAGUGUUAGGCACUCAUCCUCACAAAAAGUGAAGGACAGAUGUAAAGGACGCUGAGACAUACCUGGGUGAGUCAGAGCAGUACGAGGCAUACCCUUCCCCUCCCCCACCUUAAUAGAAGGUAUUCUUCCCAGAAAAAUCUUUCAGAGAUCAGCACUUCUCGUUUCUCACUGUAAUGGAAUUGAUGGGUUUGGGGCAGGGGCCGACUCACUGACCUGCCUGCAGGAUCCCAUUUGGUGAUCCAGGAUUUUUGUUUAUUGUUGUUCCCCGGAAAGAGCCUACUGUGUAGGGGCCAUAAUGGAGUUUUCUUAGUACAUCUGUGCGCACCUCGUGGAACUUGGCCGGCUCCAUGUCACAAAUCAGGAAAUCGACCCCAAAGUUGCAAAUCCAGGUGAAGGUAUUAGCAUUUUAAAGGGCAUUUUUCCCAAGCAUAGGCAAUGGCAGUCGUCAGUACUCAGGCACCGGGAAGUAAACCACUUAACCCAAACGCAGGCCUUUGCCUCUGCAGCCAGACACCUCCCAGACAGCCCCAGCUCCUGAUAAGAUUGCUGAGCUGAAUGUCUUUGUCUUGGUUUUCUCCUCCCCCUCCCCCAGUUACUCACCCAGAGACACUGACGCUGCCUGUAAAGUCAUCACAGCCGUCAGCAUCUUCCCACAGCAGCCAUGACUGUCUCGUUCACUUAUAUGGUCAAAUCUCCAGCUGCCCCGAUUCCCUGCUGUAAAACAAUCUCUCCCUGUGAGAAGCUGUAGAGUGUUCCUUAUCGAAGGUUUAAAUGGACUCUGCUCGUAAACUUCUUACUGAGAUACUUCCUGAUAGCCAGACUGGCCAGAGUGGGGGUGCAAGGGUUCGAUAAUAAGCGGUGGUCAUUCGUGGUCAAUUACCUCACUUCCACGUAUGUAUUGCACGACCCAUAAAUCAUGUAGAAAGCCCAGCGUUUUAGGCUGGAGUAGUAGACUCUCACUUUAGCUACCUUACUGCAAAGAGCUGAGGUAUGACAAUAACACCCUUCGCAAGACUAGAGCAGAACAAAGAACGCAGGAAAAGAGCCAUGCCCAAAGAAGUGGCCUGGCCUGGUUGGCUGGCUGGUUGGCUGGCUGGCUGGCUGGCUGUUCUCCACUGGUCUGAUAAGGGGAGGCAUCGGUCAGGUCUCUCUGGAUCCCUCUGGUUCUGCCUUUACAAUCAAUUACAGGACCUGCCCCUCUUGCCGCCUUGGCACGUGACGCUGUCUGCAUCUCCUUCCCUUCACUUUUCAUUCCAGCCCUUCCUAUUGCUUCCCCUCUGAAACCUUAUGGAAGUCCUCUGGACCAGUGCUUCUGAGAAGAAACAUUUCUGGGGCAGACAUCUGUGUGGUCUCUACAAGCCAUAGCAGGGGAUCUCAUUGAUCCUCCCGAGUCUUGCCAACGGCUCUGGGAACUGUUUGGUCCUAGAUGAAGACAGACUCUGGCUAAAGUUUAAUGGUGAGCAUGACCUGCAUUUAUAUUACAGAGACAAAGUGAAUCGCAUUUCUAGCAUUUAAAGUAUCUUAUUGAGUUUAGAUCAUUCAUUGAGCCAACUUUUACUAAAUGCACAACUCCCAUCACACAAGGACUUGUCAUUUAGUGACCCUCUUAUGGUAUUCAAGGUUUCACAAGGUCACACAACUAUUACCAAAAAUGUCUGUGGCCUUGACAGGUCACUGCACGUUGCCUGUAAUGUUCACCAAACUCAUCAUUCCGUUGGCAAGUCUAGUUUCCCCUUAACACCUAAAGACCUAUACCCCCAAAUCAAGGUCAUCAUAAGGGGACAACAAGAAGAAAAACGGGUAGAAUCCAACUUGGGGCUCAGGACUAAAGAAAUACAACAUGACUUUCAUCUUUUCACAUACUUCUGUCCCAGGCACUCAUUAAGUUCCUGAUGAAGUAUCUGAAUUGAGAUUUGCAAGGAGUUGGAUACCAUUUGAAGUAAAAAAGACUUUAAAUGGGCUUUAACAUAUUAAGAAAUAAGAAAAGGAAUCCCCAAAGCCAUCCCAGUUCUAACCUUUGACCUCGUACAUUGCUAUCUAAAGAUCUAAGUUCUUUUCUCUCUUCCUUACACUUGGGCUUUUAGAAUACUAGUAAGGCAGACCGGACCCAAGGCCACCUUCAGUGUCACUAUUGGCAAUGUGAAUUGGCACUUUUUGUCAGUAAAAGUCUGCUUGGUUUUUCCAUGAGGAGCUCAUUGGCUCACCCACUCCUGAGAGAGAGAGAAGAGCAAGAGGAAGUCAUCACAACGUUUUAGACAACGGCUAACCUAAUCCCUCCCCUGUAGAGGGUCAAGAUUGGUGUUUGGAUUUGCUGCUGGGGAGUCCUGCUAAUCCCAGUGCCAUCCUGCCCUCUUGUCUGACCCCGCUGCUUACACAUAGGCCACCCUCAGGGUCUUGGAGGAAAGAGCAAGGCAAGGAGGAUGGAACAUGACCCUCCCUUGGCACGCCCUAAGUUUUGGUGGUCCCCAUCUGUCAGCACUGUCAGUACUUUCCAUGUCUGCCUCUCUGGUCUCACCUCCCCACCAGCUCAGAACUGUGGAAAAGGAGAUGCAGUGCAGCCCGCUGCCCUGUGCAAAGCCUGCGAGGCCACGCAUCCAUCACUGCCAGUCCAGUAACUUGAACCAUUCAAAGAAACAUUUUAAGAGAAUCUGGAGUUUCCCCCAUGUGAACUAAGGGAAUAUUUGGGCAAGAAAAAAAACAGACAUUACAGGGAAAUCCUUCUGAACAAAAUGGCUGUCUUUACUUACUCUUUUUAAGCAAAUACUGUUUCCAAACUUUUUAGUGUCGAAGCUGUAACCAAGUGUCUCCUGAUUUUUUUUCCAAUGUGUUUAGCGAGUGCUGUGAUCCUAUUGUAGGUCUUUCUCCUCCUGACUCUUUUGGGGGAGAGAUGGUUUUAGGGAUUGAUUUGGGGGGAGCGGGUGUUUGUCCCAUCCCACCUCCUUCUGUUUCUCUGCUUGUCAAUAUUGUCUGUGUGGCUCAGAGAAUUGGGACAGUUACGUUGUUGUGUCCGUUGUUGAGAUUAUUAAGAUAUUAAAAAGUAGUUGUAGAACUAAAAAAAUUAAAGAGCUGUGUUUUUAAAAAAUGCAAACCAAUACCAUGUUAAAGGAAUUCAAGCUAUGGGGCAGCCAAACUCCUCCCCUCCUCCCAAGUCGGCUGAGGUGGUAGUUGGGCUGGCCACUUGGGAAGCACAGGGCCACACUCCAGGUAGGUGACUGCCUGGCUAAGAGACAGCUGCUGAGGAAAAGGAACAGAAUCUGGGGCUCAGAGAAUCCCCAUUGUGCCAGUGUUUUCCUUACAUCCUCAGGACCUCUGGGUAGAACUUUUACAGUUUGCGACCCCAUUACCACCCUCACCCCACGUUGGUCCUGGCUCAGUGUGCCUAAUACUGUGUGGUAACCUGGGCCUGACUCUGAAGCCCCACACCUGGCAGCAGCCCCGUACAGGUCACAGAACCUCUUUCCUGCCCACUUGGUGCUAUAUCAUCCAGUGACCCAUCCAACAUGGGCCAGGCACUGGCCAACCCAGAGCCUGCAAUCCAGGUGAAUGAGUUGUACUCAGAUCUCAGUUCCUUCUGGCUUCAGUCCCUAGAUUCUUUCCCUUGAAGCUUUUACACCCCAGAUCUCCUGGGCCCGGGCUGUCUCUGUUGGCCCCCGAGGUACCACGGUUUGGAAAGGAAGUGAACCCAACUGAAGCCAGAGGAUCCAGGCGUGGGCCAGAGCAAGCCCUCUGAGCCCAGCGCCCAUUUCCACACCACACCAGUAUUGUAUCAUCCUCCAGUGCCGCUAGGCCCCUGAGGGUGGCACACCACCGUGCUGGCCCGCCUGCCCCAUCAGGACUAGCCCAGAAACCUCCCAGUACACCAGGAUGUCCAGGAUGGAGAUGGGUCUCCCUGGGACUCGCGCCCCUCCGCUGCAGAAGGGAAGUGCUGCACUUUAGCGAGGAGCUGAGGAGCGGGUACUGACUCCUUGUAGCUUGAGUUCCUUUUGGUGACAGUAGCAGCUGCAAUGGUGGUGUCUGUGAUGCAAAUGCACCCGCUGCCUUCCAGUGUGCGUGCGUGCACGUGUGCGUGCGUGCGUGCAUGCUUGCGUGUGCGUGCGGGUGUGCAUGUGCACGUGAGUGUGUGUGUGUGAGUGUGUGUGUGUGUGUGUGUGUGUGUGUGAUGGCCCAUCGUGUUACUGACAGGAUGAUGACACUACAAAGAAAUUGUGUUAUAGUCAACUUGCCUUGAUAAUUAUUGUAAACACUUUGUUCAUUUUUUUCUUUUUUAUUCACAAACUAAAUCCAUUGGGAAAUUAUAAAGUUAUUUAAAAAUUGA